CGAGACCAGUGUACACUUAAAUAUAAUAUAACAUAAAUAUACAUAUAAUUGCAUGCAUGCAUUCAUACAUACACAUACAUACAUAGCUGUUUCUUACGACAGAGCAAACGUUCACAUAGACAUAUAUGUCAAUCUAUAUUUAUAUAUGUCGCAAUACUCAAAAUAAAACGCACUUUAAUUUGGAGCAGCGUUUUAUGACAAUAAAACUCGAGAAGCGCCGAUUACCGUUUUUUGUUAAUCCCCGUCUAAGGUUCUCCGCCUUUGUUAAAACCACAUGUGUUUCCCCAAGAGAACCCGGAGCCUUCGGAUCCGAGUGAAGGUCCUCUCCGCUGGGACAGAGGAAACAUUAAGAGACGGGGAGGAGGGAAUGAAAUUUCUUGCUACCCAAUCCCUCUUUUCCUCAGGGAAAACAAGCUUUCCCUGGUCCAUCCCUGCCUCCUGUUUGCUAAUCAUUUCAUUUUACUCCGUUUUAAAGCUCUGCCGUGUUUUAUGCCACUUUCCAUUUCACAAUCCAAUGCGCAAAUGUUCUUUGUCUUUCGUGCAAGUUCUUCCAUGCUUCGUUAAUAGAAAAUACAUUCAAGAUCCCGGCUGAUUGUCCUCCUUUGAGAUGAUCCAGGGAUUUUCAACUAUCGCUUUUUCGUGACCCUUUUAAAAACUUGAGUCCUGCGCGCCUUGAACUUCGUCUGUGGUUCUCACCUAAAAAAACGGAGAUACCGCAACUAUCUUUGGAUAAAGACUCUGUUUUCUUCUCUUGCUGGAACUCUGGAAGAUUGUCUUCUAAUUCGUGGAAAUUAGGACUAUCUAACUGACUUUUUAUUUUUUGUUUUAAGGAUAAAGUUUUAAGGGCAUUUUGAUGUUUUCCAUUCAAGAUGGUCUCCCGCGGGGAGCGCUAACCAUGAAGGAGGAGCCGCUCACGAGUGGCAUGACACCAGUUCGCUCCUGGAUGCAAAGCGCCGGGAUUCUGGAUGCGAGCGCUGCAGCUCAGAGUGGGGUGGGCCUGACCCGAGCCCAUUUUGAGAAGCAGCCUCCUUCUAAUCUGCGCAAGUCCAACUUCUUCCACUUCGUCUUGGCGCUGUAUGACCGGCAGGGCCAGCCUGUGGAGAUUGAGAGAACGUCCUACAUGGACUUUGUGGAAAAGGACAAGGAGUAUAAUGGGGAGAAGACCAACAAUGGUAUUCACUAUCGACUUCAGCUUCUCUACAACAAUGGCAUUAGGACAGAGCAAGACUUGUAUGUGCGCUUGAUAGACUCAAUGACCAAACAGCCCAUCAUUUAUGAAGGACAGGACAAGAACCCGGAGAUGUGCCGAGUUCUUCUCACCCAUGAGAUUAUGUGCAGUCGAUGUUGUGACAAAAAGAGCUGUGGGAAUCGGAAUGAGACACCAUCUGACCCAGUCAUUAUUGACAGAUUCUUCUUGAAAUUCUUCCUCAAGUGCAAUCAGAAUUGUCUGAAAAAUGCGGGGAACCCAAGGGACAUGCGAAGAUUUCAAGUGGUGGUGUCCACGACUCUUAACGUGGACGGCCAUGUCCUUGCCGUCUCAGACAACAUGUUUGUGCAUAACAACUCCAAGCACGGCAGGAGGGCCAGACGUGUGGACCCAUCUGAAGCAGCAACGCCGUGCAUUAAAGCCAUCAGUCCCAGUGAGGGCUGGACAACAGGAGGUGCCACCAUCAUCAUCAUUGGGGACAACUUCUUUGAUGGGCUGCAGGUGGUCUUUGGAACGAUGCUUGUGUGGAGUGAGCUCAUCACCCCCCAUGCCAUCCGAGUUCAGACCCCCCCGCGGCACAUCCCAGGAGUGGUGGAGGUUACACUGUCCUACAAGUCCAAGCAGUUCUGUAAAGGUGCCCCAGGACGCUUUGUCUACACAGCACUAAAUGAACCAACUAUUGACUAUGGCUUCCAAAGGCUACAGAAAGUCAUCCCAAGACAUCCAGGAGACCCUGAGAGGUUACCCAAGGAGGUGCUGCUGAAGAGAGCUGCGGACCUAGUGGAGGCCCUGUAUGGAAUGCCACACAACAACCAGCAGGACAUCAUCCUGAAGCGGGCGGCCGAUCUGACGGAGGCUCUGUAUAGUGCCCCCCGCAGUCACGCCCAGCUGCCUUCCCUGACCCCCGCCCAUCCAGGAAUGAUGGGCGUCAACUCCUUCAGCAGCCAGCUGGCCGUCAACAUCUCUGAGGCGUCCCCCACCGACCAGGGUUAUUCCCGUAACUCCAGCAGCGUGUCCCCACGUGGCUACGUGCCCAGCUCCCCCCCCCAGCAGUCUGGGUACAGCUCCAUCACCUCCACCAUGAACGGCUACAGCACCACUGCUAUGAGCAACCUGGCCAUGCCUGGAUCACCCAGCUUCCUCAAUGGUUCUUCCACAAGCUCCCCCUAUGCAAUCAAACAGAAGAGCGCCUUUGCCCCUGUCAUGCGGCCACCGAGCUCCCCGCCCCCCAUCUGCACCACUACCAAUGGGAGCAGCCUGCAGGGUCAUGUACCAAGAACAAGCACAUUAUUCUUCACCAGAUCCAUCAGCAAGACUGUUUUUCAUCUCCGACUUUCCCGACAGUCAUUCAUAAGUCUACAGGUAUUUCGUGCUGAUUCUGAAGAAGCCUGCAGGUCAAGGAGUAAUGUUCUGUCCAUUUAACCAAAAUGCCUAAUUUCCUACUGCUAAGGGACCUUAAACCUUCUGCAAAUAUUGUCAUCAUAAAAAAAUCUAGCUGAAUAUCUUGUCACGUGUCGGUCUUGUCUUUUCAGCUAUGGCCGGACUGAUAGUUCCGCCGAUGUGACGAGCGACAUCCAUGCUGAUUAUUUUCUACCCCGGCAGGAACAUCAGCCAUUCUGCUUUCUGUUUCUGGCAGCGUCUCUCGUAUCAAUGCUGUUAAUGGGACUGGCUCACUGCUUCUCCCGGAUCGUCAUAUACUGCUGCCUUUGUAAUGACAUCAUCCUCUGUUCUCCAAUGUUCCUAAACUCAUUUUCAGUUCAAACGUUGCAAUUCAGUGCAAACACUGUAAACGAUUUUCAAACUUAGAGACUCACAAAACAUAAGAAUAUCAGUGACAUUUCAACAAGAGAAUUAAUGCACAGUACCUGGAAUUUCUAGACAUCACUGCAAAUAGAAUGAGGCUAUAAACUGAGUUGUUUAUUCAGGGCUCUGUAUGUCUGUCAUCCAGAAUGUUCUUUUCCAGAAAGUUCAAUUUUUUAAGCAGUUUUAGAGAAUUUUUCAGUACUCUCACAUUUGGAAAAAACUUCAGUUUGCGUGCUUAAAGGGUGCAUCCCCUAAAACUCCCAUAAAUAUUUUAGUUUCCUGUAUUAUCAUGUAUGGGCAUAGUUUUGUUAUUAGAUUAAAAAGGAACAUUUUCUAAUUUAGCAAUUGUCAAAUUGUUAAUUUUCAUAAACUCAUUGUAGUUGAAUCCAGCAUCAAGAACUGUGAAAAUGUAAUUUUAAAUAAAUUAUAAAUUAUUAGAUUAAUGUAAAUAUAUUUUAAGGUGACCAUUAAAUGUUAUAUUGCAAAUACAUACACUAGUGUCACUUCCCAAUUAUUUGUCUCAUAAUUUGUAGCCUCUGGUAAAUUUACAGGCUUAUAACGUAUACCUCAACUAAACAUAUGAGUUAAUAAGUAAUAUAUUUUCAAUUUAAGAUUAUUAUGUUGAUGUUCUUAAAGAAUGCACUUUUAAAAAUGUAGUUUUCUCUUUUAUUUUAAAUCCUAAGGCAUUCAUCUUUCUUAAACCAAUAGGAAGUCUUUUAAUUGAAACACAAUGAUUUUGCCAUCUGUAGAUUCAAAUCAGAAAUCAUGACUUUUUUAUGAAUAUUUAGGCACAGGUUUUUAUUAAAGGUUUAAUUGUCCAAAAUAUACAUAUUGUAGGCAUGGUUUGUUCUUUAUUGUUUUAGGCAUGACUAAUAAAGAAAAGUUUAAAGAGCACACCAGAUACAUUUUAGAAUCUAUGUAAAACAAUAAAAUGCUUUGUACAGAAACGGAUAAAUGUGGAAUGGAAAAAUGACUCCUUAUUUCAAAACAUGAAGAAAUAUUGUUUCCCAUCAUUUUUAUUAAUUGUGUAAAGCAUGGUUUAAUCUGUUUAUUUUUUAUGUUUUGAAUGUGUUUCAUCAUAGAAAACGCUUUAUUUGUGCUCCAGGAGGCAGCUGACUUUCGGAACACAGAAACACACAAAAAAAUGACAUAGAAUGAAUGUACAGAUGGGCAUCAGGGGCUUGUUGCCUUCGAUUGUUUGGGGUCAGGGCUCCUGUUUCUCUGGAGAUUUGCUGCUGUGCCCAUUACCCAAUAGUUAUUAUUCAAAUAACAGCAUAACCAUAAACAACAACCACUUCCAAUAUACUGAUACCACAACCUGAUACCAUCCAAAAGAUGGAGCUAGAUCAUGUCCAAUCUUGCACAAUUCUCAAAAUGUGCAUGUAACCCAGAAGUUGACCUGUUUUUGGAAUAAUCUUACUAUUAAACUUCAAUUUAUAUUCACAAAUCAAAUAUAGGCCUACAUACAGUACUACAUACUGUUGUGGGAUAUCUGUACAGUAAAAAAAAAAAAAACAUGUAUAAAUUAAAAUAUGCAAUUUACUAAAAUGGGUAUUUAUUAAUGUGAUGAGUUGCAAAAAAUGAACCAAUUUUACAGAAGAACGUCUUCCUAAGUAUCCCUAUUAGUAGGAAAAGACUGGACUAGAAUCUGUUCGCAUUGAAUCAAGUUCUGAAUAUUUGGUCUAUGGUAUUUGAACAGAAAACCAUGGCUAGCUACAGUACAUUUCCAAUACCACAGCUUAUUUGCAUAUUGCUUUUUUAAAUGUAUAACGUAAUAAGAUAAAUAUGUUAGAUAUGCAAAUAGGAUUCAUGAAAGGCAACGUAUUUCCUGCUCCUGACUAUUAUAAACAUAAAUUAAUAACCACAGAAGUAACCUGUUUUUUUUUUUUUUUAGACAGAUGACAAAUUAAUAUAUUGGAUU